AUGUCCGACCAACAACAGCAUCUCGAAGGCAUCCCACCGACGCUGCCAUCCGCCGACGAGCUGAGUGUCGUCUCUCGUGACGGUCCACCGACUGUUCCGGCUAAUUGCAAAGUCCUCGCAGACGAGAUUACUUCCACGCCCGCUACCACCAACGACACCGUUCCCGCCAACGAAGACGCUGAAGUCACAACCAUCUCCUCGACUUUCCAAGAUCUCGGCGCCAUGGCUUUGAACCUCCUCGGAUACGCCGAACCACGUGCUAUUCGUGACCAAGUCCUCCAGACACCCGAGCUGUGUGCUGCCGUGCUCGACCACCUCUGGGACUACGACCUCUGCAAUGCCGCAGUGGCUGGCGGUCCCUUCCUUGACACCAUUCGUGCCUUCCCACAUCUUCGCAAGGAGAUGCUCCUCGACUACGACCCCGACGUCUCCCUGAUCUCAAGCACACACUUCACCUUCAACCCCUUCUUCUUUUGGCACAGUGUCUUCUGCGGACACAAGCGUCGCAGUGGAUGUGGCUGCGACAUGUGGGAGUCAAUGCCUAGGUUCGCAGAUGACAAAGGCGGAGAGCCACUUCCCAAGAUGGAGAUCGACCUCACCCACCACACAGCUACCGAAGGCGCCGAACCGAUUGAGCUUCGCUUCCUGGAGGCCGAGUCGCUGACCACCACGCUCAACUCUGGCAGUCUGCUUCUCGCCAUGCGCCUGGGAUCUCCGGCUAAGCACGUCAAGAUCGUGAUCCAGAACCCCGAGACCAUGACCUGGGUCAAGGAGUGGCAAGCUCCCCCCUCUCCAAUCGAGUGGCACAUGGCAGAGAUCACCAUCGACAUCACAAAUUUGCGCAUGUACUCCCUCAUCCGCAUUGCGAAGAACCUCCUCGAAUGUGCCAACACCAUCGACGCCAAGACAUUCACAGGCGAAGCCACGAUCAUCGACGAAGAGACCGGCACCGUGGAAGAUGCUGGCUGGAAGACGUUCUUCAAUGCAUCGCAUCUGAAGGCUGUGGUUGGUGACGACGGGCCAAAGUAUUGCUGGUUCUGGAAGGGCGACGCUGCUGAUCGUUGGGUGGGGGCGACGUACGCUGAAGCUCGGGAGUUCAUGGCGAGUACGUUCCCUGCGAUCAUCAUGCCCUAG